GCGCAGGCGCACUGGGCGGCGGGCGGAGGCGAAGGCUGGGACAUAGCUGGCCGCCGGGGGCGCCGGGGCUCGGACGGGGCGCGCGCGCAUGGCCCGGCCUCCCUCGCCCGCUCUCCAGCCGCUGCCGCCGCUACUGCUCCUCCUUCUCCUCCUGGCCGGCGCAGUCGGGUGCGAGGAGGCGGCCGCGACCACUGACUGGAGGGCCACGCUGAAGACCAUCCGCAACGGCGUGCACAAGAUCGACACGUACCUGAACGCGGCGCUGGACCUGCUGGGCGGCGAGGACGGACUGUGCCAGUACCGGUGCCGCGACGGGUCAAAGCCUUUUCCGCGCUUUGGGUAUAAGCCCUCCCCGCCGAAUGGGUGCGGCUCUCCACUGUUCGGGGUUCACCUCAACAUUGGCAUCCCGUCCCUGACCAAGUGCUGCAACCAGCACGAUCGGUGCUACGAGACCUGCGGCGAGAACAAGAACGACUGCGACGAGGAGUUCCACUUGUGUCUCACCAGGAUCUGCCGGGGCUUGCGGAAGACGCUGGGCCUGGCCCAGAACGUGCAGGCCUGCGAGACGGUGGUGGAACUCCUGUUCGACAGUGUCAUCCAUUUGGGCUGCAAGCCGUACCUGGACAGCCAGCGAGCUGCCUGUAGGUGUCCCUAUGAGGAGAAGACUGAUCUCUAAGGAGGACAGAUGGACGGGACAGGGACUGGCGAGGAUGGAGAAUUUAACCUUUGCCAAAGUACUGGUGUUUUCACAGUUUAAAGCUGGGUUUUGGUGAAAGGACAGUAUUUUGACGUUAAGACCUAUAAUAAAAACACAUAAAACAGCUGGAUGUGGUGGCACACACCUGUAAUCCCAGCACUGAGGCUGAGGCACGAGGAUCAUGAGUUCGAGACCAGCCUGGGAGGCAUAGCAAGACCCUAUCUCCAAAAAAUAAAAAGGCUGGGGAGGUGCGGAGGAGAGUGUGUCUGCCUUUUCAGGUAUCUUUCUGGAUGUUGCUGCUCAGUGGCCAAGUUGUCUUGACCAGUGUCAAAACAGGAUAUGUUAGCAAAGACAUUUUGAAAAGAGGAGUGUAUAACACUAUCAGAAGAGUGUAUAUAUUUUUUAAAAUGUGAUCAAAUAUAUUCAUUCACUAUAGGGUCUAUUCAGCAUUAUCUUUGGAAAUGGGAAAAUCUUCACUUACAAGUACCAUUUGUUUAGUAUGAAACUUGCAAUAAACAUUUAUGCCUGAAAGGAA